CACUGGUCGCAGAUGGGUGGUGUGGGUUGGGUAGCCUGUGUGGCUGUGGUGUAGUUUGUAAACUAGCAGGAUUGCUAGUAGAAUUGCAUGCUUCAUGUUAGCUGGUUGACAUUUAGCAGCCGACCCAACAACUCGCAGCGUGCCAUUUAACAGCCAGAUGAUAUCGACCCUGGAUUAUAGCUAUCGGACGUUAUUUUGACCCUCGUCACAAUAAUUCCUUGUGACAUAAUCCUAAAUUCAAGCCAAAACCCUAAAGGAAACAAUAUGGCAAUUUGGAGCUCUUUGAGUGGUUGAAGCUGUGCCAUGGCAGCAACCUCUCACCUCUUCCGGGUGUGGCGGGGAGGGGAGCUGCGAAAGUUGCAAGUGUCGUGCCAAUUCCUGCCUUCCGGUGCCAACCGUAGCCUCCCUCAGAAAAGACGGCCAUGGCAGCAGUGUUUCAGUGCCUCCUCAGCCCAGCACUCCACCUACAUGCUCACACCCCCACAGGUCAACAGCAUCCUGAAAGCCAAUGAGUUCAGCUUCAAGGUCCCCGAGUUUGAUGGCAAGAACCUUAGUUCAGUGAUGGGCUUUGACAGCAAUCAGCUGCCGGCCAACGCUCCUAUCGAGGACCGUCGCAGUGCGGCCACCCUGCUGCAGACACGCGGCAUGCUGCUGGGCGUGUUCGACGGCCACGCCGGCUGUGCCUGCGCCCAGGCCCUCAGCGAGAGGCUCUUCUACUACAUCGCCGUGGCCAUGCUGCCCCAUGAGACCCUACAGGAUCUGGAGAACGCUGUGGAGUCGGGCCGUGCCGUUCACCCUCUCCUGCAGUGGCAUAAGCACCCUCAUGACUACUACAGUCGGGAGGCGCAGGUCCUCUACUUCUCCUCGCUCCGCACCUUCUGGCAGGAGCUCCUGGACCUGGGCUGUCCCGGUGACCAGCCCAGUGUGAGCGAGGCGCUGGUCUGUGCCUUCAAACGCCUGGACAACGACAUCUCUCUGGAGGCACAGGUUGGUGAUCCCAAUGCGUUCCUGCACUACUGGGUGCUGCGCGUGGCCUUCUCAGGGGCGACGGCUUGCGUGGCGCACGUGGAUGGCAGCGACAUGCACAUCGCCAACGCCGGGGACGGCCGCGCCGUGCUGGGCGUACAGGAGCCCGACGGCUCCUUCUCGGCGCUGACGCUCUCCAACGACCACUGCGCGCAGAACGAGGACGAGCUGCAGCGCCUGCGCCAGGAGCACCCGCCCAGCGAGGCCAAGACGGUGGUGCGGCAGGACCGGCUGCUGGGCCUGCUCAUGCCCUUCCGCGCCUUCGGCGACGUCAAGUUCAAGUGGAGCAUCGAGCUGCAGAAGCGCGUGCUGGAGUCCGGCCCCGACGCGCUGCACGAGAACGAGCACACCAAGUUCAUCCCGCCCAGCUACCACACGCCGCCCUACCUGACGGCCGAGCCCGAGAUUACGUACCACCGGCUCCGGCCGCAGGACCGCUUCCUGGUGAUUGGCUCGGACGGACUGUGGGAGACGCUGCACCGGCAGGAGGUGGUGCGCAUCGUGGGCGAGUACCUGACGGGCGUGCACCAGCAGCUGCCCAUCACGGUGGGGGGUUACCGGGUGACCCUGGGUCAGAUGCAAGGCUUGCUGCAGGAGCGCAAGGCGCGCGUCUCCUCCACCUUUGAGGACCAGAACGCCGCCACGCACCUGAUACGCCACGCCGUGGGCAACGGUGAGUUUGGCCAGGUGGACGACGAGAGGCUCUCCAAGAUGCUGAGUCUGCCCGAGGAGCUGGCCCGCAUGUACAGAGACGACAUCACCAUCAUCAUCACCCAGUUUAACCCCCACGUCAUAGGAACGCAGCAGAGCUAAAGCAGCUGCUCCCAUUCUGUGUCAGUGCAGCGCAGUCUGACCUGCAAGGCAUAGGUAUAUACAACUAAACAUCCAGACACAUGCGCACACAUACAUACACACACACACACACAGAUUCACUUUUUUUUUUUUUUUUUUUUAUGUGUGGUGCUUCAUGCUCGGGGAAGACUUUUAGACUGUGCCUGGGAUGAAUGAGUGAGUGAGUGAGUGAGUGAGUGAGUGUGACUGUUGGUGUUUCAUUGUCUCUGGAACACUAAACAUGUCAGAAAUCUGUUUACUGUUCUAACAUGUAGAGCAGAGAUGCUGCAGUUGGUGUGUUCAUAUGGGGAACUACAGGGGAAUGUAUUGUGUGUGUGUGUGUGUGUGUGCACAGUUGUAUGUUUCUUCGUUUUUUGGGUUGCUGAGUCCACUGCUGUCAUAUCUAUUAUGUUACAUAAAAAGAACACACUCCAGUUAUUGUAAGGUUGGUGUGAAUGUGCAUGGAUAUGGGUGUGCUUGUGUGCAAGUCUGUUUGCAUACUCCAAGGUCCAAAUCCAUUCUGGAUAAGGUUUACUGAUAUCUCUGAAGGGUCUAGAAUAAAGGAUACAGGUCUACUUUCUAACUUGCAGUGCUGUAUGUUACAGUUGUGGGCAGCCUGUACUAUGUUUAGGUGUGUGUGUGUGUGUGUGUGUGUGUGUGUGUGUGUGUGUGUGUGUGUGUGUGUGUGUGUGUGUGUGUCACAUUCUUUUAUUCUCAUUUUCCCAGGGAAAUAAUAUAUUUCUCCCAGUGUAUUUAUGCACACAUGUUCUCAUGCACAGAUAGCAGCAGAUGUGUACAACAGCAUGAUAAGGGAAUGCUGCCUGAGGGUCAUGGAUACAGCACAACGUUGCUGUGGUUACAUAUCUGAUCUAAAGCUAUUAAAGUUUAUGUAAUAAACUUCACUGAAGAUGUAUCUCUAUUUAGCCCCUGUUAUAAAGUAUUCAUUUGGAUGGGUGGGGUCUCUGUCUCUUUUUUGUAACUAGAGUGUUUUAUUAAAACAAUAAAAACAAA